CUCGCCCAUAUUGACUUCUUUAUUUUGCAACCGGUCAGUCCGUAACAGCGCCAAGUGCUACACAGUCGUGUGUUAUUUAAAAAAGCAAACAAGUUUUUGAACAACAAAAUGAGGACAAUGCUGGUAGCCUGUCUGGUGGCACUUUUCUGCGGAGCAAUGGCCAAGGGUGGCCGGCGGGCAGAAGACAAUAAAGUGAAAGUGGCAGUGUACUACGAGUCUCUGUGUCCGGACAGCAAGAAGUUCAUCGUGGAGCAACUGGCCCCGGUGUGGCGUGACUUCCGCGGGGCAAUUAAAGUCAAGCUAGUGCCUUACGGCAAGGCUACUCAUGACCGGACACCCACCGGCUGGCAGUUCAUAUGUCACCAUGGUCCUAAUGAGUGUUACGGCAACAAGGUACAAGCGUGCAUCCUGAAGGACCGCAGCAUGAUAGACACAGAGAAGAUGGACCUCAUCAUCUGCUUGAUGGGAACCGCCAAUCCUGAUAAGUCGUUGGAUAUGUGCCUGGCCAAGUUCAAUAAGGCGGAGGAGUCCGAGAAACUGACGCGUUGCGCCAAUGGUGAGCAGGGCGACAACCUCCUGGCAUCAUAUGGCGACAAAAGUGAUGCCGUUUUGAGGCCACUCCAGUUCGUGCCUACCGUUGUCAUUAACGAAAAAUUCAACCAAACCACUCAAGACUUGGCUUACAGUAACCUCAAAGAAGCCGUAUGCAACGCAGCUACAGUGAAGCCUCCGGCGUGUCAAUAACAGUCGAUGCACAGAUGUAUUACUUAGGAAGGACCAAUAUAACUAGACCGCCAUAAACUCAACUCUCAUUAACAUUUCCGAGAUGCAUAGCGGGGUCAGCUAUUGAGCAAUUAUCGUCCUAGAGUCUGUCUUUUUUGAAGAUGGAGUAAAAUGACUGUUCAUUGCGUAAAAGCGUUGCCCGCUUGCAAGCAGAUAGUGAUUGCAGUCGAUAAACAUUCUGUCGACUAUAGAGAUAUUCAUAUUAAUUCAAUAUAGAUAAUUAAAUCUGCUUGUGCUUAUUGAAAUGUAUACGAAUAAAUAUUUAUUUCGAUACUAAUAGACCAACCCUCAAAAUGAGAAUGAAGAAGGCAAUAACUCAAUUAGUAAUCAUUCGAACGUCGUAACAUUCACAAUUCGGGCAUUUUCGGCAAAAUUUUACCUUCUUUCACAAUCCAUCGAUAAAACUGUCGACAACAGCUACAUGACUAUUUAAAAUUUUAUGAAAAACUGGCAACCCUGCAAAUAUCAUUUUACUCUGUCUUCAAAAAUUUUAAUUAUCUUGUGCAAAAAUGAUAUGACAAAUUCCAAUUGACCCCCGCCUUUGUUUUUUUAUUGACGAAGAUUGAUAUGAAAAAUCAAUAACGACCGUUAUUUCAGAGUCCAAAAGUAAUUAUAGUUCGUUUCAAUACAUUUUACGUGAAAGGUAAACAAACUGGUCAUUGACCCGACCAUAGACAGUUUAGUGAUGGCCAAAUGUACUUCCAACAACAAAUCAACUAUUAAUUGAAUGCUUCGAUUUAUUUAAUUACAUCGUUUGGAGUUACCUGCUAUAAAUUAAUGUCGAUCCGCGCUUAAAAGUGUCCCAAGCAAAAGGGCAUUAAAUUGCAAAAAGAGCAUCCAUCGAGCGUCAGUCUUCGCUUAUUCGACCAACCGCGCGCUUGUCUAUCACUCCG